GACAUGGUGACCCAGGCAUCUCCAUACCUGUUUGAAGCUACAGGAAAAAGAUUUUAUUUCAAAAAUGUUGCCAUUCUGAUUCCUGAAAAGUGGAAAACAAAACCUAACUAUUUGAGACCAAAACUUGAGACCUACAAAAAUGCAGAUGUUCUGGUUGCUGAACCUAAUUCUCUGGGUAAUGAUGAACCCUAUACCGAGCAGAUAGGAAAGUGUGGAGAAAAGGGUGAAAGGAUUCAUUUCACUCCUGACUUUUUAGCAGGAAAAAAGUUGCCUCAAUAUGGACCACAAGGUAGGGUAUUUGUCCAUGAAUGGGCUCAUCUACGAUGGGGAGUAUUUGAUGAGUACAAUUAUAACCAGAAAUUCUACCUAUCCAGUGGAAAAAUCAAAGCAGUAAAGUAUGUAUAUUUUGAUAUAACUUUUCCAAAAGCACUAAGAGCAUCGCUGCCUCCUGGAGCCAUGCACACUCCUACAGAUUCCUUAGGCUUGUGCACCCUGCACCACAUAGACCACAGCCCAGGGCACUUCCCUGGUGUGAUCACAUUCUGGUUUGACCUUUCAAAUCUCAGCCAAUGA